GAGCAAAUUACUACAAACCCGCCCACGAACCAAUCAGGCAAGCGAUCAUGUCGCUCUCUUCUUUAUCGAAAACAUCAUUCAGGGGACCACAAUCCUCCAAUCUCUUCUCCAAAACGGUUCAGACCGCGAGGCGUGGUUUCCGGAUCACCGCCCCUGCCGCGAUUCGCGUGUCUGAACUUAUCAAGAACGACCACCGCGAACUGAAGGAUGCUUACCAUCAAAUUCUAGGUGCAAAAACGAAUGAUGAAAGGGUCAGAUGGCAAAACCAAUUUACCUGGGAGCUGGCCCGCCACUCGAUUGGCGAGGAGCUAGUCGUGUAUCCCCAGAUGGAGCUAAAGCUGGACAACGGCAAGGCCAUGGCGGAGCACGAUAGAGAGGAGCACCAAAUAGUCAAGGAGCUUCUCUAUACAUUUCAAGGCCUUCAGCCUGAUGAUACCGAGUUCAUCCCUACUCUUCAAAGCCUGUGGGCGAACUUAGAGCAGCACAUCAAUGAGGAAGAAAGCCAAGAUCUACCGGCUCUUGAACAUGCCAUUGGUGAAUCUGCCUCCGAAAGUAUGGCGCGUUCUUUCGGUCGCACUAAGAAUUUCAUUCCUACGCGGAGCCAUCCAGCGGCCCCUGACCGGCCACCGUAUGAAACUGUUGUUGGUCUGAUGUCUGCGCCUAUUGAUCGAUUGGGUGACAUGCUAAGAAAGUUUCCCGACCAGAAGGCAUGA